GAUUCCCGUAUUAUCGUCAGCGAGCUUCUACAGGCUGCAGCUUCACUACCUCCUCCGCCUACCGAUCUAGAAAUGGAGACUGCUGAGGCUCCAGGGCCCGAGACUGAUAGACCAGCUGAUUUAGCUGCCCAUCGACACCGCCUUCUCUCAAAUGCUCUCUCUAGCUCUAUUUAUCCAACUGCCACCAAAACCGUCUUAGCUGUAACCACUAUUCCAACAUCGACUUCUGCCAAUAUAGUAUCAAGAACAAUUCUGGGGUCACCGGAGAUAUCCAUGAAGGGGCAGAUUACUCGGGAAGUCGACAUCGAUGCUGCCUGUACAAGGCAAAUAGGAGAAUCGUCAGAUAGCAAAUAUUCUAUUUCUCUUGCUUCAUCAUUAGCUCAGGUGACGGACACCGAUGAGAAAUCAGCUAGCUCACAUUAUAUGAUCUCUAAGGGGUGGGAAGAGUAA